ACCCACCCAAUUCACAAUUACAUUAUCUACCAUUAUCUACCCCAAUUCACAAUCAUUAUUUUUACCCCGAUUACCACAUUCCUCUUACCCCAACAUUAUCUACCCCAAUUCACAAUCAUUAUUUUUACCCCGAUUACCACAUUCCUCUUACCCCAACAUUAUAUACCCCAAUUCACAAUCAUUUUUACCCCAAUUACCACAUUCCCCUUACCCCAACAUUAUCUACCCCAAUUCACAAUCAUUAUUUUUACCCCGAUUACCACAUUCCUCUUACCCCAAUUACAAACAUUAUUCUACCCCAAUUACCACAUUCCUCUUACCCCAACAUUAUCUACCCCAAUUCACAAUCAUUAUUAUUACCCCGAUUACAACAUUCCUCUUACCCCAACAUUAUCUACCCCAAUUAACAAUCAUUAUUUUUACCCCGAUUUUUUUGUAGGCACAUGAGCAGAAGGAGAGACGACCCAACUAUCCUUAAUGCUUUGACUAAAGAUGGAGUGUGGAAUGAUAAUGUCUUCUAUCUCACUGCACCUAUCCCUAUCUCACCCAAAUUUCGCUGUUCUCCCUAUACAAGGGUAGGUGUCAACGAUUUCACAUUUUUUGUAGGCACAUGAGCAGAAGGAGAGACGACCCCAACUAUCGUUAAUGCUUUGCCAAUUCACAAUCAUUUUUACUCCAAUAACCACAUUCCUCUUACCCCAACAUUAUAUACCCCAAUUCACAAUCAUUAUUUUUACCCCAAUUACCACAUUCCUCUUACCCCAACAUUAUCUACCCCAAUUCACAAUCAUUAUUAUUACCCCGAUUACCACAUUCCUCUUACCCCAACAUUAUCUACCCCAAUUCACAAUCAUUAUUUUUACCCCGAUUACCACAUUCCUCUUACCCCAACAUUAUCUACCCCAAUUAACAAUCAUUAUUUUUACCCCGAUUACCACAUUCCUCUUACCCCAACAUUAUCUACCCCAAUUCACAAUCAUUAUUUUUACCCCGAUUACCACAUUCCUCUUACCCCAACAUUAUAUACCCCAAUUCACAAUCAUUUUUACCCCAAUUACAACAUUCCCCUUACCCCAACAUUAUCUACCCCAAUUCACAAUCAUUAUUUUUACCCCGAUUACCACAUUCCUCUUACCCCAAUUACAAACAUUAUUCUACCCCAAUUACCACAUUCCUCUUACCCCAACAUUAUCUACC